GCUUGCGCGUUGCGUCAUCAGCAUUGCGCACAUUCUCUCGGCUUGUGAAAGGGCGUAGAGUCUCUGCCGGUGUCAUUCAUAUCAACACGGACUGUUUCAGCCGUUAAUAACGUCCGUUCGGGCACUUUAUACGCAUUAAAAACAUGAUCAGGAACGGAAGCCAUGCUGUGGAGGAGGAGGACAAGGGAGAGUCGAGAUCGUCCAGUCACAGCCCGGAGAAGAGGAAGCGGGUGAUCCGGGUGUGGUGUGACGGCUGCUAUGACAUGGUGCACUACGGUCACUCUAACCAGUUAAGACAGGCCAAGGCGAUGGGAGAUUAUCUCGUAGUAGGAGUACAUACAGACGAGGAAAUAGCCAAGCACAAGGGUCCUCCGGUCUUCACGCAGGCCGAGCGUUAUAAAAUGAUACGGGCUAUAAAGUGGGUGGAUGAGAUUGUGGAAGGGGCGCCGUAUGUCACUACGCUGGAGACGCUGGACAAGUACAACUGUGAUUUCUGCGUGCACGGAGAUGACAUCACGCUGACCGUGGAUGGAAAGGAUACGUAUGACGAAGUGAAGAGAAUGGGACGAUACAGGGAGUGUAAACGCACACAGGGAGUGUCUACGACAGACCUAGUGGGUCGUAUGCUCCUGUUAACAAAGUCGCAUCACAGUAACGUUGAUAAUGCAGCCUAUCAGCUCCACACGGAUAACUUUGGGAAGGGUCCUAAAGGGCACAGCCCUUGGACUGGCGUCUCUCAGUUCCUGCAAACGUCUCAGAAGAUCAUCCAGUUCGCCUCAGGAAAAGAACCACAGCCGGGAGACACAAUUAUUUAUGUGGCCGGAGCUUUCGACCUCUUCCACAUCGGUCAUGUGGAUUUCCUCGAGACUGUUCACAAACAAGCAGAGAAGCCUUACGUCAUUGUCGGACUGCACUUUGACCAGGAAGUGAACCGCUACAAAGGAAAGAACUACCCCAUCAUGAAUAUUCAUGAGAGAACUUUGAGUGUGCUGGCUUGCAGAUAUGUGUCCGAGGUUGUGAUCGGGGCUCCGUACGCAGUAGGAAAAGAUCUUCUGGAUCACUUUAAGGUGGAUCUGGUGUGUCAUGGAAAGACUGAAGUGUUCCCUGACGCAGACAGCACAGACCCUUACGCCGAGCCGAAAAAGAGAGGUAUUUUCCGCAUCCUAGACAGCGGCAACAAUCUAACCACUGACGACAUUGUGCAGAGAAUCAUCGAGAACAGGUUGCAGUUUGAGGCCAGGAACCAGAAGAAGGAAGCUAAAGAGAUGGCCGUGAUCGAGGCUCUGAAGCAUAAAGAUGAUUCGCUGAAGGCCGAAGCGGCUCUCGCGAAGAAUUAACCAAACUAUCCAAACCGAACAAAUCAAGGGCUUCGUCGUAGAACCAAAAUUACCCCUGGACUGUUAUUAAAAACCCCCGAAUGAACAAACGCCUGAGCUGAGGCUGCUUUUAAGUGGACUUGGAAGAACACAGACUUGUUUUUAUAUCGUAAGACUCUUGUUUGACGACAAAAGCACUUUGUUGUGCGCAGACUGUUUUUAUGGUACCUAUUAAAUGGGUUGGAAGACUUUCUCUCUGGACGGGAGGAACACUGAGAAACAUUCAGCAAAUAUUUUUGCGUUGUGUAUGAAAGUUAUGGGAAGAUUGUGUCAUUUCAAUGGUUUUUGCAUUGCCGGUCCAACCGCACAUACCUGUGGUUGAGCAGAGAAACGCUUUAUGAAGAAACACUUGAUGUUGACUACGAUAGUUUGUGUACUAGUGGUUAGUAUGCUUGUUUUUUAAGUGUUGUAUAUUUUGUGUCAUGGAAAUGCAUCCAAGUGACAUUUUACCCCAAAAUCAGAAGAAAAAAAAUAAGAAAUUGUUUUUUCGGCAAGAAAUGUUCUUGUUUUAGGACUAUUUUAUUUCAUUUAAUUUUAUCUUUUGUUUGCAGUUCUCAUUAUUUGCAGUUUUGUCAAAACUUGUUUCAUACACUGCCAAGAGUCACGUGUCUGGCAUUUUACCCUUUCAUCAAUUUUAUUUUCGCUUUCUCACCUUUGUUGUGACGUGAUCAAAGUCACAACCAAAGACUCUUUGACCUCAGGUGAUUGUUAGAUGUCAGUUCAAUGCUUUCUUGUUCAACAUAAAUCAUAUUUACAAACAUCAGAGUCUAAGCUAAACCUCAAACUUGCUUUUAUCCAAUAUGUACUUUUAUCUUGUUUUUAUGCAGUUUUUGUUUUUGUUUUAACUGAAUAUCAAAGCACCUUGCAAAUGAAGCUUGUUUUUUGUUUGUAACAUUUCCUGUACAUUUAGCGUGAAAUGCUGUGAAAAAAACACUAAUUUAAUGUUUCUACAUUGCAGAAAUGUUGAGUGACCAAUUGUGAAUGUGGUGUUGGCGUCUUCAGACAAUCUUUAAUUUAUCAUCCUACGACAUCCCUUCAGAAACUGUAAAUCAUCAAAACGCAUUAAUUAAUUGCAAAUUAAAUUGCAAUU